AUGGAAGAAGUCGAAAGGCAUAUAAAGUUAUCAAAAAAGAAUUAUUGUUCAGUAGCUUUAAUUGUUGGUGAUCCUGAAAGAGUUGAUAAAGUAAAGUUAUUAUGUGAUUCUUACGUAGAUUUGGCUUAUCACCGAGAAUAUAAAAGUGCUGAAUGUCAUUAUAAAGGUCAGAAAUUUUUAUGUGUAAGCCAUGGAGUUGGUUCUGCUGGUUGUGCAAUAUGUGUAGAAGAAUUAAUUAAUAUUGGUGUUAAAGUAUUAAUUAGAGCAGGUUCUUGUGGAACUCUUCAACCACAUGAAAUGAAAAGAGGUGAUAUUUGUGUUUGUCACGCAGCUAUUAGAGAAGAUAGACUUUCCCAUUUGAUAAUAAAUGCAGACUUUCCAGCUGUUGCUGAUUUUGAAGUUUAUGAUACAUUACUAAAAUGUGCAAAUGAACUAAAUGAACAUAUUUUUACAGGAAUGUGUUUAACUUCAGAUUUAUACUAUAAGCAUUCAUUAAUUCCAAAUCAAUUAGAAUUAUAUUCAAAGGCUCAUGUGGCUAUUAAUGAUAUGGAAUUAGCAACUGUUAUGGUUAUUGGAAGUUUGAAAAAAGUAAAAGUAGGAGGAAUUUUUAUUGUUGAUGGUUCCCCACUUAAAUGGGAUGAGGGAAAUUUUGACCCUGUAUUAAACCCAGAGAAAUUAAAAAAUAUGAUUAUAAUUUCUCUAAAUGCCUGUGCACGUUUGGCUGCAAAAUAUAAAUGA